AAGUACUUAACAACCAGUUGGUAACUCAUCCUCCUAACUCCAAAAAAAUUGCUUAUAUUCAGAAUUUGGUUCCUGCUAUUUGCCACCAGUCAGUGUAGAUCAUGAGAUUUGUCAUCUCGGCUUUGUUCCUUUUUGUAGUUGCAGCUGCUUAUGAUCCUUUGGAUCCAAAUGGAAACUUAACAAUCAAAUGGGAUAUUGUUUCUUGGACACCCGAUGGCUACGUGGCUGUUGUGACGAUGAACAAUUUUCAAAUGUAUCGGCACAUAAUGAGUCCUGGUUGGACCUUGGGGUGGACAUGGGCUAAGAAAGAAGUGAUAUGGUCCAUGAAUGGAGCUCAAACUACUGAACAAGGUGACUGCUCCAAGUUCAAAGGAAAUGUACCUCAUUGUUGCAAGAAAACACCCACUGUUGUAGACUUGCUCCCUGGUGUUCCUUAUAAUCAACAAUACUCCAAUUGUUGCAAAGGUGGUGUGCUUCCAGCAUGGGGUAUAGAUCCUCAAUCUGCGGUCUCAGCUUUCCAAAUCAGUGUUGGAAUGGCUGGUACUUCGAACAAGACGGUGAAGGUUCCGAAGAAUUUUACGUUGCUCGGUCCCGGACCAGGAUAUACUUGCGGUCCGGCGAAAGUUGUCCCUUCCACCACUUUUCUCACCCAGGAUCGCCGCAGAAAGACUCAGGCUCUCAUGACAUGGAAUGUGACCUGCACUUACUCGCAGUUCCUAGCUCGAAAAAAUCCGAGUUGUUGCGUCUCUUUCUCAUCUUUCUACAAUGAAACCAUCACUCCUUGCCCAACUUGUGCUUGUGGAUGCCAGAACAAAAACAGCUGUGUCAAGAGUGGCUCCAAGGUUCUUAAAAGGGCUGGCGUUAACACUCCACGGAAAGACAAUAUCCCAUUGCUUCAAUGCACGCACCAUAUGUGCCCGGUUCGGGUGCAUUGGCACGUGAAGGUCAACUACAAGGAAUACUGGCGUGUUAAGGUCUCCAUUAUCAACUUCAACUAUAGGAUGAACUAUACACUGUGGAGUCUCGCUGUUCAGCACCCUAAUCUUAACGAUGUAACACAAGUUUUCAGCUUUGAUUACAAGCCCCUCGUUCCCUACGAAUCAAUCAAUGAUACGGGGAUGUUCUAUGGCAUGAAGUUCUACAAUGACCUAUUAAUGGAAGCUGGGCCAUUUGGGAAUGUUCAAUCGGAGGUGCUUCUUCGAAAAGAUAAAGAUACCUUCACUUUAAAGCAAGGAUGGGCCUUUCCAAGGAAAGUGUAUUUCAAUGGCGAUGAAUGCAUGCUGCCACCACCUGAUACUUACCCUUUUCUACCAAAUUCUGCCCCCCAUCAACAACUAUUCUCCGGUUUGACAGCCAUUGCUGCUAUGGUUUUCUUGUUGGUCACUGUUUGGUGAUUGUUAUAUAUACUCCCAUGGAGUAUGAAAGUUUUGGAUUCUGAAAAUAUUAAUUACUGUAGUAAAUUGAAGGAGAUAUGCGAGAAUAAAAUAGCAAUUAGGUGAGGUGAUUUUAAGAACAGUGUUACUGUAUAUUUGAAACAUAAAACUAUUUUGUCUAAUAAUAAAUAAAUUUUAGUUAGUACAUUCAUUUUAA